CUCCAAUAACAUCUCUCUCAAUCUCUCUCUCUCUCCUUCUCCUCCCACCGGCGGCCAUUACCGCCGACCGCCGUCUCUCUCUCUCCUCCAUAUUCUCCGAUCAAAGAUGUACCCAUCAUCUUCAUCUUCUUCUUCACAAAGUUCAAUGGGUCCUAGUGGUCUAAUCCGCUACGACUCCGCUCCAGGUUCAUUCCUAUCCAACGCCGUCGAAUCCGCCGUCGGCGGAUCUCAAUCCCAUCACCGCCACUUCGUUUCUCAUGCCGAUACGUCGGAGCCCGUAUUAGGGGUCGGAAUCGGCGACGGCGCCCCAUUACAAAGGCCGCCGCCGUAUUACCAGAACGAGAUGUCGAUCGGAGUCGGAGCCGGCUCCGGCGGAGGAGGAACGUCUUCGUUGGUUAGGCACAGUAGCUCUCCGGCGGGUUUUUUGAACCAACUUGCUUCCUGCUCAACAAACAACGGUUUCCCAAUCACAAGAGGAAUAGGCAAUUUUAACACGAAAAGCAUUCAAGAAAACGGUAAUAGUAGUAGUAAUGGACGUGGAAUAUCAAGACUCAACUCUCAACUAAGCUUCACUAGACAAGAAUCAUCUCUUUCCCACAUCUCCGAAGAGGAGCGUGACGAGACAACCAAUGACCGUAGAAAACCAACAACCGAUUCUUAUAAUGGCACGUCGAAUUUCGGGGUAGGGACAAGUUGGGAGGAUUCCGGCACUAUCGUGUUUUCUCAUCCAAACAAACGAUCCAAGAAUAAUAUCAAUGAGGACAUCAUGAACUCCAUGGAAUCACAGCUUCAAUUUGGGCUAACACAAGGAGGUAUGGAGAUAGUUGGAAUGGACAAGUUAUUAAACAUUAAUAAUAUCCCUCAAGAUUCAGUUCCUUGCAAAAUUCGGGCGAGUCGAGGUUGUGCUACUCAUCCUCGGAGCAUUGCUGAAAGAGAAAGGAGGAUGAGAAUAAGUGGGAAACUUAAGAAACUUCAAGAACUUGUUCCUAACAUGGAUAAGCAAACAAGCUAUUCAGAUAUGCUGGAUUUGGCAGUACAACAUAUCAAAGGCCUCCAAACCCAAGUUGAGAAACUUCAACACGAUAUGGAGAAUUGCACUUGUGGAUGCAAGUGAGUUUCACGAGGAUAUUUGGUAUAUGGAAGAUGAAGACAAGUGAGAAUGGAUAUUGAAGUUAAAAGAUGCAUAUUGUCAAUGGAAAAGGAAGGAUUGUGCUUGUAUGUAUACAUAAAUCCUUCUUCUCUAUGCUAGCUCAUUCAUCUUUCUUUCAAGUAAAUGAUCUUCAUCAUGAUGAUCAUAACUCUGAUCAGAUUGAUUCAUUCUCAUUGUUUUUGUUCUUUUGUAUGGGGA